UUCGACGCGGCUAUUGCCAUCGGGGCCUUGAUCAAAGGGGAGACCAGGCAUUUCGAGUACAUCUCCGCGGCGGUCUCUGGGGGGCUUAUGCGCGUUCAGCUGGACGCCCAUGUUCCCGUGAUUUUCGGGCUCCUGACCCUCUUGACUGAACAUCAGGGGCUUGAGCGAGCCGGGCUGGCGGGAGAGCGGGGUCUUAAUCAUGGAGAGGACUGGGGACGGGCGGCGGUGGAGUUGGGGGUGAAAAGUCGC